AUGGAUGGACUAACAUGGCAGUGCCACGUGGAGCUGCUCUGCUUUGCAUCCCAGUCCAACAGCCACAGCAGCCAGGUGCUCGAGGUUCAGAAAUGUGCCAUCUCCAAUCUCAAGCAUCAUUCUUACUUUCUAGACAACGCAGUCCCGAUCAAAACAGAAGAGUUCAUUGGACGGCGCGACCGACUCGCUGCCGCACUCGUCGAAGCCGGAGUAGAUGCAUUCGCUCUUGAACCAGGAUACACCUUCCAAUACUAUGGCAAUAUCAGCCAGACGGACUGGGAGCCAUGGGAGCCGGAGGAACGACCGUUUCUAAUGGUCGUGCAACCAGUCAGAGAUCCCAGAACGAAUGAAGUCAAGGCGAAAACGACCUUUCUCUCGCCGCAUUUCGAGGAAGGUCGCGUUCGAAUGCUCGGGAUGCCGUUUCCAGACCAUGAGGAGCUGGAAAUCGCAGUCUGGGAGGAACACUGGAAUCCAUAUGAGACGCUUCUGCAUACAACAUUCAAUAAUUCCUCCAGUGUCAGAGUCAUGGUCGACGAGGAGAUCCGGGAUUUCAUUGUCCGAGGUCUCGACGCGGCUGGCUUUGAGACCGUUGGGCUGAGCCGUGAGGUCGACAGCGUCAGACAAAGGAAAAGCCCAGCGGAAGUGGAAAUACUCAGAGCGGUGAACACUGGCACAGUGGAAGCUAUUAGGCAGAUGAGGCCCUGUCUAAUGCCAGGUCUGACUGAAAAUGAGGUCACUGAUAUACUAAACAACGUUCUCCAAUCCGUGGGCUUCUCACUCUUCUUCAAUAUCGUGCUCUUCGACGAAAAUGCUGCCCUGCCUCAUGGUGGCUUCAUCACGGGAAACAAGAUUCUCGAUUAUGAUACCAUGGUCCUCAUCGAUGUCGGUGGGCAUUAUCUCGGAUACUCCUCCGACAUAUGUCGAAGUUUCUUCAUCGACCCACCAAAACACGCACACCAAUUCGCCUCAUCAGCGCGGUCGUUCAUAUCACAUCGAUUCCAUAGCUUCCUAUCCGUAUUCACAGGGAAUUCCUUCCCGUCGGCUCAGCCCAAAGAAUCGCCACUUGUCCCAUCACAAACCUCGCUCCACACUCUAAAGCUCAAGAUCUGGUCCCUGGUACUCGCGGCCCAGGAUUCAAGCAUUCUUGCAUUUACGCCCUCUCACACAGCAGCAGACGUGGACAUCGCGGCGAGAGGCGUGAUCUCUUCUGCCGGGUAUGGGAAAGAGUUCACGCAUCGGGUGGGUCACGGCAUUGGAAUCAAGGCCCACGAGUCUCCGUAUCUUAACAAAGGAAAUACCCAGACAAAACUCCUCCCUGGAAUGACAUUCACUAGCGAGCCUGGGGUUUAUCUCGAGGGACGAUUUGGCGUCAGGCAUGAAGAUAUCUUCUUGGUCAAGGAAGAGGGUCAACAGGCGGACUGUCUCAGUGGUAGGAGAGCUAGGGGACCUUAUGAUCCGUAA